GAGUCCUCGCGCUUCACCAAUACUGCGCUGAAACCGACCUGCAGUCGAAGCGAUAUCUGACGAUUUUGACGUCUUUUCAGAAGACGAUUGUUUACGCAAAGACCUCCAACAUGCCGGCGAAGGAAUCAACGCAGCAAGAUCCAAUCGAGAACCUCUUCAACGCCACGCAGCCUGCCGUGGCUGGCCUCUCUCCAACUAAUAACGCGAUGACGUCGAAUUACCUGUCUGCACAGAACACAUGGGAUUGGCGAUCUAAAGACGCCCAAUCAGACGUGAUGCAGGACAUCACCGCUACAGGAAUUAACGGACAACACUCUGGGGAGAGCGUCGAGGGACUCAUCUAUCCUGGCUCUGAGGAUCUAGUUGGACCGGACCUAAGUACCAUUCACGAAGAAUUCAUUCAUUUUGACGCUCUAUGGCCGUUGAAUCAAGAUUCAGCCGAUCUUCUACCGAGCCAGAUACAUCUGUACGGAACCACGCCAUUCACAUGAUCGAUCGUCAUAUCAUGGAGGCGAGGAAUCAUGAGG